AAUUUAAAAAAGCCAAAAAAAAAAAAAAGAGAAAAGAAAAAUCUGUUCAUUCCCUCCCUCCAUUAAGAGCUCACUCUAGCUACUAUACACAAAUUUCGUUCUCUCUUUCUCGAUUUCUCAGGAGCAAUGGAGUCGCGAUUGUUGUCACGCGCUUCCACCAUCACUGGCUUACCUCAGCUCAGGCCAAGGCUUUCGCGAGAUAGCGUCAACAUGUCGUUUGCUUCAGCUAAGCCGAUCGGAGCCGUCGGAGAAGGGGGGAACGUGAUAUGGGGGAGGCAGCUAAGGCAGGCCCUGGUGCUCGAGAGCUCGCCGGUUAGUAAGCGGGACAUUUUGAAGCCGGUUUUAGCCGCUUCAUCGUCGCCAGCCGAGGGAGGAAGCGAUUCCGCCGGGGACGCAAAGAUCGCUCCGGUUGGAUUCUUCAAGAAGUAUCCUGCUAUUGUUACUGGCUUUUUCUUCUUCAUGUGGUACUUCUUGAAUGUGAUAUUUAACAUUCUCAACAAGAAGAUUUACAAUUACUUCCCUUAUCCUUAUUUUGUGUCGGUUAUUCACUUGUUCGUUGGGGUGGUUUACUGUUUGAUCAGCUGGGCCGUGGGCCUCCCUAAGCGGGCUCCUAUUGACUCUAACCUACUGAAGUUGUUGAUCCCCGUUGCUGUAUGCCAUGCACUUGGCCAUGUAACUAGCAAUGUCUCCUUUGCAGCUGUUGCUGUCUCUUUCACCCACACAAUCAAAGCUCUUGAGCCUUUCUUCAAUGCUGCUGCUUCUCAGUUCGUACUUGGGCAAUCCAUACCACUUACUCUAUGGCUGUCUCUUGCUCCUGUUGUUAUUGGUGUAUCCAUGGCAUCAAUGACUGAGUUGUCGUUCAAUUGGACGGGUUUCAUUAGCGCAAUGAUUUCCAACGUCUCCUUCACUUACAGGAGUAUCUAUUCCAAGAAAGCAAUGACCGAUAUGGACAGUACAAAUGUCUAUGCUUAUAUUUCCAUCAUUGCUCUCUUCGUCUGUAUUCCCCCAGCCAUCAUUUUAGAGGGUCCUCAACUAAUCAAGCAUGGGUUCAAUGAUGCUAUUGCUAACGUGGGUAUCACUAAAUUCAUCUCGGAUCUCUUUUGGGUGGGAAUGUUUUACCAUCUCUAUAAUCAGUUGGCUACCAACACUUUGGAGCGGGUGGCACCACUUACUCAUGCAGUCGGGAAUGUGCUGAAGCGUGUGUUUGUCAUUGGCUUCACAAUCCUGGUCUUUGGGAACAAGAUUUCAACACAGACAGGUAUAGGAACAGUCAUAGCAAUUGCUGGAGUGGCAGCCUACUCAUUCAUCAAGGCCAAGAUGGAAGAAGAGAAACAACAAAUGAAAGCAGCAUGAGAAGAAAAAAGGCAUGGAAAUGGAGGAAGUCACGGGUGUAAAGUCAUAAUAUGUCUUUCCUUAUGGAGAUAAAAGUUGACAUUGAAUUAAUAUCCUGCUGUUAUUAUUAAGUUUUUUCUUCUGUUCGAUCAAAAUUUCUUUAAUUCAGAGCACAAACCAUUGCUGAUUUUCGAUUUAGCCUUUGUUGACUGAAAAUAAUGUACUCUCACGUAUUCUGUCUCUCAAAUUAAGCUUUAUAUCGGUAGAAGCUUUGAAAAGAGAUUUGAGCAGAAUAGGUGCCAAAAAAUAAAAGAUUGUGAAUAGUCUUAUAUAAUUCCCCCAUGCACAUAUAUACUUUGUUUUUAGAAUUUGCGUAUCUUACUGGCAAGGAAUUAAUGA